GGAAACCGCCGAUCCCGUUUGUUACCGUGUCCGUCCGGCAUCGUUAAGGGACUCAAAUACUCAGAUCAAGCCUGGAGUAUUCAUUCUAACUACCCACCAUGUCCAACAUCAACAACGAGCAGCCCAAUACCGACAUCGUCACCCUCACUCGCCAUGUCCUAAACUCGCAAUUUGCGUUGGGACCUACAGCGACGGGAGAUUUGACCUUGCUGCUCACCGCGAUCCAGACGACGUGCAAAUUCAUUGCGACCAACGUACGGAAAGCACGACUGAUCAACCUCGUCGGGCUCGCAGGAGAGACCAACGUCCAAGGCGAGGAGCAGAAGAAGCUCGAUGUCCUGUCCGAUGAGAUCAUGGUCAACGCUCUCCGCACCUCGGGCAAGUGCGCCGUGCUGGUGUCCGAAGAGCGGGAGAACGCAGUCUUGAUCGAGACGCCGUACAAGGGCAAAUACUGCGUCGUCUUCGAUCCUCUGGACGGCUCUUCCAACAUCGACGCCGGUGUCAACAUCGGUACCAUCUUCGGCAUCUACCAAAUCAAAGAGGGGUCGCAGGGUGACAUCUCGGACGUCUUGCGGCCAGGACACGAUAUGGUGGCCGCUGGCUACUGCAUGUAUGGUUCAUCUGCCAACCUCGUGCUCUCGAUUGGGAAGGGAGUCAACGGUUACACCCUCGACGCCUCUCUUGGAGAAUUCAUCCUCACUCACCCUGACAUAACAAUACCGACCCGCGGCAAGAUCUACUCCAUUAACGAGGGCAACUCAUUAUACUACCACCAACCCGCACUCGAUUACCUGCAGUCGAUCAAGUACCCCAGUAAUGGCAAGAAACCGUACUCCGCGCGUUACAUCGGUUCCAUGGUGGCCGAUGUUCACCGAACCCUGCUCUACGGCGGCAUCUUCGGGUACCCCGACGACAAGAAGUCGGCGAAGGGCAAGCUCCGCCUGCUGUACGAGGCUUUCCCAAUGGCGUACCUAACCGAGCAGGCCGGCGGCGUCGCGACCACCGGCACUGGGCGCGUGCUCGACGUCGUCCCGACCUCCAUCCACGAACGGUGCCCGAUCUGGCUGGGAAGUAAAGAGGACGUCGAGGAACUGAUCAGCUUCUACAAGAAGUAAAGGGCAGGUUUUCGCGUGGCAGAACAUGGCCAUAUCUACCUCUCAUAUCAACAUGGUGUACUAUCUGGUCUGAGCUGCAUUGAAUAUGUACUAAGCACUGUCGAAAUAGCAUUAACAUGAUACAAGUGUUCAACAGAUGAUUAGACGAUUCGUAAGUAGCCAAAAAAGACAAAUUGCUGUAUCGAUACAAUGCGCCAAAACAAAAUGCUGCGAUGCCAAAAGCGAUAGACAAGUGCCGAUAAUCCUGCUGGCUAAGAUAUCCAACCUUCAAUGCUCUACUCCCUUGCGACGCGCUUGCUGCUGUUCCGCUACCUUCUGUUCCAUGGUAUGGACAAAAUUCGGGAACUGCCGCAUGAAUGUGUCGAGCGGCAUUGCACGCUGCUCGUAGCGGCCCAGGAUCAUGCGCCGCUGUGUGUCCAGGGCGCUCGCAACCGACAUUCUCAAUUCGUUGACCGAUCGGGCGAAUUCGUUCAUGACCAGCUCCUGGAUGAGCGGCUUCCCAAGGUCAAUGAUGCCGUCGGGGGUUAUGGAAGGGGCCCGCUGCGGCCGAGGGGGUUCAUGGACGAGAGCCUUCAUCUGCGUUAUGAGAGCUUCAUUCUCUUCGCGCUGCUGCUGGACUCGAAGCUUCGUCUGCGCGAAUGAUUCCUCCGCCUGCUUAUACCGCCUCCGCAUCUCUUCAUUCUCCUCCGCUAGCUUCUGGCACAUCUCGUCAUGCGCAGUGCGUCGAGCGUAGAUCUCGGCGACCAAUUGCGCUUGCUCAUUCAAGCGCGCCGACUGGCCUGCCAAGAUGCCACGCAGCCGGUCCUCCCUCUCCGCGUGCGGGCCAGCCAGCGAAGGGACGAGUUCGCCUUCCUCUAGAGUGUGGAAGCCCGUGUCCUUGACCCACGAAGCCAUCUUGUCGGCGAUCAGUUGGUUCAGCGGUUCAUCGAUGUCGGCCUUGAGCACGUUUCUUAGCUCCCCGGACUCCAGCUCGUCGACACGGCGCGCCAGAUCGGCCAUUCCGGCCGGGUAUUGGACGGUUUCUACCUCCUCGCCCUCUUCCGGCUUCCGGCGCUUGCGAGGCAGCUCGGGAGCGUCCUCGCUGGGCUCGCUCGGCUUCCGAAGAGAACCCUCCACAUGCCGCAAGUAUUCUUUGACGUUAUCCGUCCAGCUCUUGAUGUCAGAGGCCAUGGCGUUCAACUGAUCGGUGUCGAUCUCCACUUGCCUCUGGGACACCACGGUGCCGAGUGACGGAUAUUGCGCUAACUGAUUGAGAGCUUCUUCGAGCUUGUGUUUGUGCUCCCGCAGCUGGUCCUUAGCAUCCACGGGCAGACUGUUCAACGCAGCCGCCCCGUACGGGCCGACCUUCUGAUACUGGCUCGACGUUUGGAGGGACUUCAACUUUGCCAGCUGCGCUUCGGCCCGAUCGAUGUUCCCGACGGCUCGCAUGGCCGCGAUCGUCCGUUUCUUUAUGUCGAUCUGGGUAGCCUGUGGAUUGCUGGGAUCGAACUCGAUCGGCUUCGAGGCCAGACGUCUGGAACUGCUCGCGCUGACGAGAGAGGGUUCGCGCGACCACGAGCCCGCGGGCGACCCGACGACCGGCGACAUCGCGACGUCCAUGGAGAGACGCGAAUCCUGGCGCGGGUUGAUGAAGGGGCGAGGCGGGCGCUGUGAGUCGGUGGACGCGCGCCGCUGGUCGUCAAGGUGCGCGCUUGGGGCGAAAGGCACGAUCGGCGAAGCAGGUGAAUCGAUAGACAUGCUGCUCGUGGAUCGUCGAAUGUUGUUACCCCAGCCGGAGUCCUGCGUGGCCGGCUCCUUCCAGUCGCUCUUGCCCUUGCCCUUCUUUCUUGUCUUCGCGUCGUAGGGAGGAGGAGCGUUAUCUGCACCGGCGCUGGAGAUGGCCCCGCCCCACGCACCGCCAUGGGCGCUCGGCACCGACCCUGACUCGCCGAGAUUCUCACCGUCCACAGGGGCGGAAGUUGGCUGGUCCCAGGUCGCAGGAGGAGUGCUCCAUGCGGAAGCCUCAUUUCCGCUAAGAAGAGAGGCGGUCUUCGUCUGCUGAUCUGCGCCACACGCCACCGUGGACCCCCAGCCGCCGUCAAUCUGGUUGUCGGCAGUCGCCGCGUCUUCGGUGGAGACAUUCAUGAACGUGUCUGAGGCCGACGCCGUAUGAGAUCCCACACCGACAUCGUCGUUGGGCGCGCCCCACGAAUUCGACGUGCCCCACCCUCCGCCGCCGCUGCCGCUGCCCGUAUCGUUCGCUAUGGGGUUGGUAGCCCACCCUGCACCAGUAUUCGUGUUGUUGGCAGCCGUGCCCCAGCCCACCGAAUCCGUUGUCGAUGUACCCCAGCUGCCAGAGUCCGCCGCCGCCCCCCAACCUCCGCGGUCCGGAUCCGCCCCAGACGCGCCCCAGGACGCGCCCUCGUUGCCCGUCGUGUCCCAUGUGCUUCCAGAAUCCGCCGAGGCCCCCCAGCCUGCGGCCGCACUCACGGCUUUUGUCCAGUCUACGUCGUCCGCCGCUGCCGUCGUCUUCGUCGCCGUGCUGCUCCACGUGCUCUGUCCGCCGCUCCAACUGCCGCCAUUCCCGCCGCCGCCUCGACCUCCGCCUCCUCCGAACGACGACUGCCGUUGCGAAUGCGGCGCCGCGGUCGCCCAAUCAUCGUCCUCCGGAUGGGCGAACUUGCAUUUGCCGUACUCGGCAAACUUGCAUUUCCUGGAACCGAUCGGCUUGCCGUCGUCGUCGUAGAACUUGCAUCUCCCCCUUUUCCCGCCUUUUGGACCUGAUCGGACGGCGCUCUGCUCUGGGCCGGUGCUCCAGCUGGUGUUGUUAUUGUCAGCCCAGCUCGACAAAGCCUAAUCCGAGAGCAUGCUGAGAACCGUGAUGAACAUAUAUGAUCAUAUAUACACACCGGCGUCUCGGAAGAAUCGUUCUGGGGCCAGCUCGUUCGAGCCGAGUCAAAUCCUUUGUUCGUCGGCGGCGGCAAGUUGGUGGGCAAAUCCGGUGGUAAAUCGAAACUGGCGCUCUUCUGAAUGAAGGGGGGGCUCAGAGCAAGAUCGUAUAUAGCAUAUAUGCAACAUGAAGAACUCACGAUCGUCGUCUUCUGCCGCAGCCGC